AAUAGUGGAAUAGUAAAGUUCAUGUAAUUGAAAUUUUGGGUACUAAUUACUAUAUAAUUAGCACAAUAGUUAGACUUAAUUAAGUGUUACAUGUGUGAUACGAGGCUACUUAGUAAACUUUAGGAUCUAUAUUGAAUGGCUAGAAACUUCAUUUUGUUGUUUUGCAUGAAUGUAAAAAUAAAAUAUUAGUACUCAAUAAUUAAUUCAUAACUUGAAAGUUGAAGUUCUUGCAAGUGAAGGUAGUAUACUACCUAGCCGUGGUGCGAAACCUGUAGUUUGUGCACUAAAGUUGGGAUUUAAAGAGAAAAUACCUAAAGUGUUCAACAAUUCAUAUAAUUCAGGAACAAGAAGAGAUUUCUAAACAAACAAAUUUCUUUAAAGGCAAAUAACUUUCUUUUAAUUCUGUUUGUGUUGAAGUAGUAAUUUUAGAAAAAUGUGAUAAAGUUUUAGUGAUUAAUGCUUCUAAUCAUGAUGAUCUUUAUCAUAAAUCUUUGUAGAAACUUAGCAUAAAAAUAAUGGAUUUUAUCUGUAAUACUUUUCAAAACUUUCUUGACAUUAUGGAAAUUCCCUGUGAUUGGAAGAUUGGCAGUGUCGCACUGUUGUUAAAAAAAAAAAAGGAAAACAAAUCCAUAAAACUAUAGGCCUGUUUGAUUUCUGGUAGUAUAAUGUUGAAAUUGAUUAUGCUAGUGUUGAUGCAUCAUCUUUUUUUCCUGCUUAAUGAUGAGAAAUGUAGAACUAGGUGACACAAAUAUAAAUUUUGGAAGGUUAUGAGUCAUCUUUAGCUAGAGCAUUAUUUUUUUUUAGAGUUGUAGAAUGAGAAAGUGAACAGAUUUGUUCUUUGGUGAACAUGUACUGGAAGAAAUGUGUGUGUAUAUACUUGAAAACCUUGGUACCCAUCAGAUUUUAAAUUACCCAGUGCAGCCUGGGUGUUAUUUCAAUACUUAAAUACCAGUUAUUAAUUUGAGAAUGUAAAGAAAGUCUAGAAAAUAUGACAACAAUGCAGUUCUGAGCAUGGGUCCCUGCCCAAUGUAAUAAAGAUGAGUUUGAAAUUAGGUUUUUUUGUUAAUAUGAGAGCUUCUUUAACAGAACAGAACAUUAAUGAUGAGUACUGUACAACAAUAGUAGAAAUAUUUCUUCUUCUCCACUAUAUACAGCAUUUAACCAUGUAUUAAUAUUUGUGAUAAAUUUAUUGCAAGUUUGUUUCAUACUACCUGAACAGGACCCGUGUUGCAGUGUUUUUAUACCAGAAGUGUUCAGCAAUUCUUGAUAAACGUUUAUUUUAUUGAGGAGCAAGAAGAGAUUCCAAAAAAAAACAAACAGAUUUUCUAAAGGUGGGGAGUAUUUCUCUGUUUCUGAAUAUUCUAGAAAGCAGAAUCUACCUGUGCUGACCUCUAGUGUUUACGCGUGUAUUAAAAAAGGCUACAAUUCUUUAAGUUUUAAUAUUUUUGUGAGGAGUGGUCUCAGUUGUCAUGUUUUUUUGUGUCAAAGUUAUUGAUCUGUUUAAUGAGUAAGGUCAAUGUAAUGUAAUUUUAAUGUUGGAGACGGGUAAUAUUUUUUACCCCUUAAAUAUGCAUACAAUAAUAUGCCAUAAUUAUAUGCACGUUAGCUUACAAACUCUUUGAGGAGUUUUUUUAGUAAUGGAAAACAAGUUCACACCGAAAUUUCAUUACAUUUUUCUCCAACACUCAGAAACUUCACUACUCGUCACAUUUCUAUUGUGAAUCCUAGUUUACUAACUAUUAAUCUGUUCAUCAGAUCUAUAGCUGUGAUUAUUUGUCUUUAUUUAAAAAGGACUAAAGGACUAAAGAUAUUCAUUGUCAUUUUUUUCAUGUUUGGAACAAGUUUUAUAGUUCAGCCAAACUAUUUUUUUGUAGUAAAUACACUUACUUUACUAACAACUCCAGCACCUCAAAUGCUGCAGAAGAGGUAAUUAAUUGUGCCUGUUUAUAUAUUCAAACAAACAAGAUUAAUGUUACAUACUUUUUUCACACCAGUUAGUUAACUACAUUAUAAAUUACAGUGUAUUUAUUAACUUUCCAGUGUUUAUAUUUUCUUACUUUUGGUUGUUACCCAUAUAAUUAUACAAACAAUGAUAUUUUUGUGUUGAAUUUUCUGAAUAUGAUGUUAAAAUUAUACCUCAUUCAGUGUGUUAUUUACUCUUGUAGGGUUGAGACUUCACAAGUGAAAAAUAAAUUGUAGGAUGUGCACAUCACAAACACACCUUGUCAGCAGGAUCCUUUUAAGUUGGAAAAAGAGGUCAUUUCAUCACUGCAUGUUUUCCAGCUUCUACUCAGAGUCUAUCACAGCCCCUGUAGAUGUUCAUAAUGUGUAUUUUCACAAUUCAGGAGGUUUUUCUGAAGAAAAUGGUUUGAAUAAAUGUUCACCAUCUUUAUGCGAAAGAAGAGUAUUGAAAAGAAACAGUCAAAAAAAAUUUCUACAAAGUCCCUUACUUAGAAAAAUAUGUGGCAGUUCCAUUAAUAUUUCAGUUGGAGAGAGUACCAACAUUUCUACCACACAGACACGACACUACUCGUGGAAUUCGUGGACUAUACAAAUUGCCAAAUCACAACCAGUCACGUGGGCUCAGGAAUGUUUGGAACAAAUUCAUAGCACUGUAGGACUUCCCUGGUGGCUUAGUAUUUUAGUAACAACGCUGGGACUAAGACUGUGCGUGACUUUUCCUCUCUCUGUUUAUCAAAAUUACAUACUUGCUAGAUUUGAAAACCUACAACCAGAAAUCAAAGAACUUGCACAGAAACUGAAGCAGGAAACAAUAAUAGCCACAAAAAUGUACAGUUGGUCUGAGAAAACGGCGAGAACAGCAUACAACAGAAGUCUUCGAAAACGAAUAGCUGAGUUGAUAGUGCGGGACAACUGUCAUCCUUUCAAGGCCACUAUUCUAAUCUGGUUUCAGCUUCCUAUGUGGAUUAGUCUUUCAUUUGCCUUGAGAAACAUGGCUUUUAUGUUUCCUUACCAAAAUACAGCUGCACAGGUGGUGUUUAUGGAACUCUCUGUUGGCGGAACACUUUGGUUUUCUAACUUAGCCAUACCAGACAGUUCACUGGCCAUUCCAAUAAUGCUAGGACUGGUCAAUUUGGUUAUAGUGGAGAUGCAUGCUUUGAGGCGGAUGCAACGAUUCUCCAAGCUGCAGAAAUGGACCACAAAUCUCUUCCGUGGCCUGAGUGUUGUCAUGAUUCCCGUAGCUAUGAUCAUGCCUUCUUGUGUUUCUUUGUACUGGUUGUGCUCCAGUUUGUUUGGACUUAGUCAAAAUUUGGUAUUGCAAAUACCAAAAGUGAGAAGAUUUUUUAGGAUACCACAGAGUCCUAGUGAAAGUCCAACUCCUUUUUUGGAUGCUGCACAAAACUUGAAAACCAAACUUUCAAGAAAGUCAAAAUAAAUUAGUCGUUGUUGUUGUUUUAAGAAAUUUAUUUAUAUUUUAGGAUUUAAGUCUCUUUGUUUUUGUACACUUUAUUAGCUAAACUUUGUAGAUCUAGGUUUUAGUUCAGUUGUUUUCUGUUUUGACAAAUGUAUUGUUUUGACGAUCAUGCUUUUUAAUUGUCAUUGAUGUUGGUUUCUCAACCAAUUAGUAAAGGACUUUUUUUUU